GUGCGUACGUGUUCCCAUAGCAACGUUUCUUUGGAAAAUCUUGAUACAAAAUAGAUAUUUUGAUUUACGCGCGAGAUACUCUGUAAAGAUACACAUGUUUCUGUGGGUACAAUUUGUAUGAGAGAUGUGAGAAGUUCAUACAUAUAUUGCUCACCUAGUGGAUUGUAUCUGUAUUUUUUCUUGGGCCAGGUUCCAUGAGGCUCACUUCAGUAAUGGGAUAUUAAUUGAUUAAACAGAAUGGAGAUAAACGCUUUGUGAACGCUAAAAACUUGAGUUUGACAACAAUAAGAGAUUAUAUAGACUAUACAUCAAGAUGGGGUUGCGAGGCAUCGGAGGCUUUAUAAAAUACUUCCUGUUUCUCUUUAAUGCUGUUAUUUUGGUGGCCGGAUGUGCUCUGGUCGGGUUUGGUAUCUACACACGGACCAGCAGUUCAGGCGUAACCAAGUUCUCUUCCAUCUUGGGGAGCAACCUUCUACCAACUGUAUCACUUGUCCUCAUUGUCACCGGGGUGGUCAUUGUGGUCAUUUCUUUUCUGGGUUGUUGUGGGGCCAUUAAAGAGGUCAAAUGUAUGCUUGUUAUGUUCUUUGUACUGAUGCUGCUCUUCUUUAUUGCUUUUCUGGUCGGAGGUAUCAUGCUGUAUGCCUUCAGAGAAAAGAUUGAAGACAUGACACUAGACCAGUUGAGACGGCAGCUGAACCAUUCUUAUGGCCGAUCAAGUGACGAGCAGGUCACAGAGGCAUGGGACUCAAUGCAGAAACUGUUCCAGUGUUGCGGUAUCACAGGCGAAGUCAAUUCAACAGAGUCUUGGGCAUAUUACAAAACGUAUACAGACUGGUUUCACAACAACACAGAACUGGCAAAGAAAUCUCGGAAGCUGCAACUUGAAUACGUACCAUUGAGCUGCUGUGUGGACCCGGAAAAUACGCCCAACGUGACCCAGUGUCAGGGCUUAUCUCGACCAACAAUCAUCCCCGUUACGGGCCCACCUGUCGGUGAAGAUCAGACCAAUGACCAAUUAUUUACUGAGGGGUGCUACACAUCUUUGAACAAUAUGCUGAAAGACAACUUGAAAGUCUUAAUUGGAGUCAGCGGAGGGAUUGCAGUAGCAAUGAUACUCGGAAUGGCAUUUUCUAUAUGCUUAUGCAAGAAGAUAAGGGAAGACGAUGACUACGAAUGUGACUGAGUUUUUAAAACAAUUUAUUCCUUUACUGUGUUCGUACAAACUGUAAAUAAUACAAUUAACUGUCAGCCGAAUUCGAACAGAAAUAUGGCUUUGAAACAUUGACAUGUUGACAGUACAUCGAAACAUGACGGGUGUUUCAUUUGUCAUUUAAACACGUUUUUACAUUGUCUGGUCCUCAAAAUGCAACUAAUAUUUAUUUGCUUUUACGUUCUUUACUUUGAAAAAAAAACUGCAAUUGAACAAAUAAAUGAUCUUGAAAAUGAUCCAAUGAUGUUGUUUGGUACUGUUUAUUCGGAUAUCAAAGGACAGCUAAUGAUAAACACGUCCAUAUUUAAUUUACGCCAAGAAGGCUAAUUGAAUAUAAGUAAGUGGUCUAAACAUGUACAUGUAUAUACACGUCCAUAAUUAAUGAACGACCAAAAACGUUAUCAUCAAUUGACAUUUUCAUAUCAUUUUUGUCUAAACAUACAUAAGAAAUAGAGUUAAAUACUAUUUAAAACGAUAUCAAAAGUUUAAAAAGGACGUUUUUGAAUAUAAAAUGGUAGUUUAGUCAGUUACAUGUUUUUAUGCACGUUUUAAUUUGUUCUUGAAUUGUACAUUAUUAUUAUUACUAUUUUGUACGUGACUCGAUGUGUUGUGAUAUAAUAGGUGAAGAUAAAACAUGUUAAUAUGUA